GAUUCUGAAGUCCCGGUUGAGUCAGACAAUGGAUGAACAACCACAAGGAAUGCAAGGGCCGCCUGUUCCUCAGUUCCAGCCACAGAAGGCACUACGACCGGAUAUGGGCUAUAAUACCUUAGCCAACUUUCGAAUAGAAAAGAAAAUUGGCCGUGGACAAUUUAGUGAAGUUUAUAGAGCAUCCUGUCUCUUGGAUGGAGUACCAGUAGCUUUAAAAAAAGUACAGAUAUUUGAUUUAAUGGAUGCCAAAGCUCGUGCUGAUUGUAUCAAAGAAAUAGAUCUCCUUAAGCAACUCAAUCAUCCAAAUGUAAUUAAAUAUUAUGCAUCAUUCAUCGAAGAUAAUGAGCUGAACAUAGUUUUGGAAUUAGCAGAUGCUGGUGACCUCUCCAGAAUGAUAAAACAUUUUAAGAAACAAAAGAGGCUAAUCCCUGAAAGAACCGUAUGGAAAUACUUCGUUCAGCUCUGCAGCGCACUGGAGCACAUGCAUUCUCGAAGAGUCAUGCAUAGAGAUAUAAAACCAGCUAAUGUGUUCAUUACAGCCACUGGGGUGGUAAAGCUCGGAGAUCUUGGGCUGGGUCGGUUCUUCAGUUCCAAAACCACGGCUGCACAUUCUUUAGUGGGUACACCUUACUACAUGUCUCCAGAGAGAAUACAUGAAAACGGAUACAACUUCAAGUCUGACAUCUGGUCUCUUGGCUGUCUGCUCUAUGAGAUGGCUGCAUUGCAGAGUCCUUUCUAUGGUGACAAAAUGAAUUUAUACUCUCUGUGUAAGAAGAUAGAGCAGUGUGACUACCCGCCUCUCCCGUCAGAUCACUACUCAGAGGAGCUACGACAGCUAGUUAAUAUCUGCAUCAACCCAGACCCGGAGAAGCGACCAGACAUCACCUACGUGUAUGACGUAGCAAAGAGGAUGCAUGCAUGUACCGCGAGCAGCUAGACUGCAGAAUCAUGAAGAAGGCAACCAGAAUAACUUAAAAGUAUUUUUGUGCAAAUCAUACCUCCCUGUUUUUGUCUGGGUGUUACGAUUAAUAUGUCAGAGCUCAUGUGCUUUCAAUCCUUAACCAGUUUUCAGAUAAGCUUCCUUUUCUACCAGGCUCGAUCUCCUCGCAAAUCCACAAGACUUUGGGAUGCUCAGAUUUCAUUCAGAGAGCAAGUACAACAAGAGUUUUUAAAUGACUUAAGGUUUGACGUUUUCUGCUGAGAAAUUGUGUUUGUAGAUCACUAGUGCCAAAUGGUGAUAAACUUGUUGGCACACAUCAGGAAGGCAGGGCCUGAGGAAAAGACCCGGGCGUUGACUUGUUUGCCUUAAGUCGCUAUGGACAUUGCAGUGGACACAAUUGUGAACUUACAUGAUUUUUUUUUUAAGUUUGAAGUAUGUGCUUUAGUUGUUAGCAUUAGAGUUUUAAAAUAUAAUUAUGAUAAAUGCAGACAAACUAUUUGAGAAACAUAAAAUUCUUAGUUUAUACAUUAAAAUGCAACUAUUAAAUGUGAAAAGGUAGGGAUAAAAUGUGAGUCAGACACUGAAAGUUUUGUGUUUUAAUACGUUUGAAAGCCUCUGCAUUUAAAUGCUAUAAAUAAAUCCAUUUUAAAAGUGGUUAAGGAUUUGUUUGGCUGGUGUGAGAGUCAUUUUUAAAGUUGCACAUUGCCCAAGGCUUUGUGUGUUUUUAUUGUACAUUUGAAGAAUAUUCUUGGAAUAAUCGUGCAGUAACUAUAAUUCAAUUUCUUUAUAAAUCUAAGUACAUUUAACUCAUAACUAUACACUGUAAUGUAAACAUAUGUUCUUAUUCAUAGAUUGUAUUGAAGUUUUGAUCAAUUCCCUCCAGAAUUUUUUUAUUCUUUGAGUUAUUUAUAUUGUGUGUGCAUUUUAUCCAUUAAUGUUUCAGAUUUUCUGAGAACAUAAUUAAUUUCCUUUUUAAAAGCUAUUUGGUAUGCCAACACUUUUCUUAGAUUUAAACUUUUUUUUUUUUAUAAACUUUUGGGCCACUCUGUUUGCAUGUGCUUUUAUCUUGUUAGGAAGAACGAUGUGUGUUACAAUGUGCCUAUGAAUGUCGACAGUUCUGAGUCAUUGGACAAGAAUAGAAUUUUAGAAUAUGUUUAAGGACAUGAAGACUGGCCCUUACUGCAGACAGAACUGCUAUGAGAGUAACAUUUCAGUGGAGAGGCUUUGGAGCCAAGUACUGUAUUUGUGCAUAAGGAUGACGGACGUGGAGAAGCUUCUUUUAGCUGAGGAAAUGAAGAGUUGUGUAGGAAACCCUGUUGGAGAGGUUAGGAAACCCUGCUGCGGAGGCUCGUUUCCCUGAAUGUCUUCAUCCUAGUACCAACCAGUUUCCUCAGAGAACAUGAGCGUUAGUGGCUGUGGCAGAGCGCUGUGUGCUGUGUGUGCGGUGCUAGAACCUCGGGAAGGGGUAGCCUGCCAGUAUGGCAGCCCCUGUCAAGGAGCACGUAUGUUGACAGAACGUUUUUUGGUCUUGUUUUCUCACAUAGUAUUGUUCCUAUUGUUAUUUUCAAGUGAAUAAUGUCUGUUUUCUCAUUUUAAUUGGCUAGGUACUCUAUCUUCAGGGUAACUUCAUCUUGAGUUUGACAAAGGAAAUUUGGAUGGUCUCUGUAAUGAAGCCUGAACUGGGUGCAUCCCAGAUCAUAGUGGCUCAUCGCAUUUACACUGGGCUUCGAGUAGAAAUGUCCCCAGAUGUGUGAGGAAGGCUACUUAUGCUGGCCGUUGUAAUGUUACAGGAGGGAGUGAGAUGAGACAUCCCCUGCCGACAACAGUGGUUCUCUUAACAGUCCUUCAAAGUACAAGGCUCAAAACUCAUUGGCUUCACCCCUUGUAGUGACUUUGCUUUUUGAAUUUGUCUCCUAAAAAGAGCUGGAGAGUCUAAUUGUCAGGGAUGCCCAUUAUAGUUUUUUACAAGGGGAAACUUUCUUUCAAAUACUUUUUUAAAAAAAUCCAAGUGUUCAUAUUUCCCCCCAAAGAAACCAUUGUGUAAAGCCAAAUUCAGUGGGAUAUUUGCAAACAGUUGUGGAAUUGAUUAGAUGUUCUAAUUUUUACAAUCACCUGUAAAAUACUCUCUUUCUGUUUAGGAGUAAAUUUUAUAUUAAGUUAAAUAUUGGAAUUGAUUUGAGUAACAGGUCGAAUAAAAGGUACAGCUGAUGCUAAACCUCACUGGUACCAGUUCCCAGGAGAGAGUGUGCGGUAACUUUGGUUGGUGUGCUGAGGUGUGGGGUGAAUGAAGGGCACCCCCAUCUGCAGUGCUCAGCAGUGUGCAAUGAUUAUUAAUUUAGCAAGAUGCUCCCGAGGCAUGAGUGCUUGACUGUUCUCUAGAGUGUCCAUUACAAAACACCUUUCUUGUAUCCGUAUACUUCAGGUGUUGCUCUUAAAUUUUCCUCUAUUUAUUAUAACCAAGAUGCUAUUAUUCACAUGAAAUGUUUGUUCUUUAAAUUGAAUGUAUUGUUCAUAACCCACAAAUGCUCAUAUUCUUUGCCUCCUAUCUCCAUAGUACUGUAAUAUGAACUUCUUUUGUGAAAUACUUUUUAUUUUGUUACGCUUUAAAUACACAUGCAAAAGGGUUCUGUUAUUAGCUUCAAAAGUGUACAAUAUCUUAAUAUAAAUAUACAAAAAUAAAAGAUGAGUACUGUAAA